GAUGAAGCACAGCAGCGGUUGCUAUAGCAACCAUAGACUCUGAACAGGAUGGCAGACUACAAGCACUUAGGCAAAGAUUAUGGCAAGAUCUGAAUGUAAACAGAUAAUACCAUUCAAGAAAAAUGCCACGUCAAAAAACUUACACAGAGGAGGACAUGGAGGGCCUUAAGGGCUUUGGAGGAGGGGGGCAGCCUCCGGAGGGUGGCUGCCCAAUUUCACAUCCCCCACACCACCUUCCAGGACCGGAGGAAGGGGAGAUACCAGGCAACGUAUCCUCUGCCACAAGGGGCAGAGGUGCGUUUACGCGCAGCAGGGACCACAAGAGAACACAUCACCGUUCACUGCUGCGCGAACGCUGCUGGGGAAAGCAUACCCCCUUUUGUCAUCUUCCGGGGGAGCUUCCCCAGCACAGCUUCCCUUUGUCAAGUACGCCCGGCAGGAGCGGCCCCUCCUCCUUUUCAUGGAUCAACAUGAGGCCCAUGUUGGGACGGGGGUGGUCGACUUCUGUCGGGCCAACAGGAUCGAGGUGGUGUGCCUGCCAGCGCACACCACCCAUGUGCUCCAGCCACUGGAUGUGGCGGUGUACGGCUCCCUAAAGGCGGCGUUCUCCAGGCUGGCGGGCAACAUGGGGCUGGUGAGAGGCGACCUCGUCAUCGGAAAGCGGCAAUUCACAGCGGUGCUAAAGUACGCUCUGGAGGAGGCCUGUACCCCCCAUAACAUCAUCAGUGGGUUCAGACGGACAGGCCUCUUCCCGCUGAACAGGAUGGAGGUGGACGAGUCAAAGUUUGUCAAAGGCCUCCGGGACCGUUCAGCGGGUGGGGAGUGUUUUGACGCCCCGGAGGACACUGACGAGGACAUGUCCACCCCUCCCUGCACCGUCGAUGGCGCCGCUGCCAACGCGAUACCCCUCUCCACCACCAUAGCAACCACACGCGAAGUCGCCACCACCACCACCCCCGUAUGGCGGCAAGGGAGGUGGCCAUGCAGCUCGAGCUGUAUUGUAAAUAUGUACAUUUGUAAAUAGUUCUAAUUUGUAAAUAGUAGUCUGUUAUAAUUUUGUUUAUUUGUUA